GCGCGCGCUGAUUGGCUCAACACGCCACUGGACGGAUGCAUGCGCGAAAAACAGCAAACUCUGUGCAGGGAAACGCCGUCGCAGCCCAUUAUCCAACACGAAUAGAAAAACUCCGAAAACCUCUCAGGGAGCUCUUUUUGAAUGCUGUAACCUAGGAUCAUCUCUGCACUUUCUGAGGUCACGCACUGAAAGACUAGUGGGACUGGUUUCCUCCCAAACCAGGAAGCACACGGCCGCUGUUGCUUAUAGGAAAGAAUAAGUUCAAAAUCAGUCAUGGGGAAGAACAACCAGAACCGCGAAGAUGAUGAUGCUGCUGCUGGGUCCUCUGAUGAGGAAGAGUAUGUGGUGGAGAAGGUCUUGGAUAGGAGAGUUGUGAAGGGCAGGGUGGAAUAUUUCCUGAAGUGGAAAGGCUUUUCAGAGAAACACAAUACCUGGGAACCAGAGAAGAACUUGGACUGUCCGGAGCUCAUUUCAGAGUUCAUGAAGACCUAUAAAAAGGGAAGCAGUGGGAGCACACCCAGCAGUAAGUCCUCCAGCACAGGCUCUUCUGUGGCCCGCCCUAAAGAGAGCAGCAGUAGCAGCAGCGCCACAAGCAAGAGGAAAAACUCAGAAGAAGAGAAUGGGGGUAGCAGCAAACCCAAAAAGAAAAAGGAGGAUGAGAUCCUUGUUGCAAGAGGAUUUGAGCGAGGUCUGGAGCCAGAGAAGAUUAUUGGAGCAACAGACUCCUGUGGAGACCUUAUGUUCCUUAUGAAGUGGAAGGACUCUGAUGAGGCAGACCUUGUGCUUGCAAAAGAAGCCAAUCACAAGUGCCCACAGAUCGUCAUUGCCUUCUAUGAGGAGCGUCUGACCUGGCACGAAGAUGGCGACAAGAAAGAGAAGAGUGCCACGGCUGUUUAAAGGGCAGAGGAGAGGAAACAAACCAAAUCCUCCAAACCUCAUCCUCUAAACACACUCUAUGACACUCUCAUAGCCAACUUUUAACGGACCAUUUAAAAAGAAACGGCCAGCUAGUAAGGGAGGUUACUGCCCAUCUUAAACCUCCGUCCAACCUUCAUGAAAAAGCAUUUCCCAUCAGACAACUUCUCGAGCCAUCUUAAAGUGAGCCAAAAGUUAAUGGAGAAUGGUAGCUGCAGCAGAUUGGUGGGAUGUGAUUUUCUCUCUCUCGCUCCCUCUCUCUAUCUUCCCUCUGUUUUGUCAUGAUGUGUAUUUGUGCCCCUACAACUAUGUUCUUAUGAUGUGUUGUGUGCUAGUGUAGAUGUGAACCGUACAUGUCAAGGUUUUAACUUUAUUCACACAGUUGGUUUUGUAGUAUUGCUUGACCUUACUCUGAUCUAUAACCCUGGACAAAGACGUGAUGGCCUUUUUGGUUACAUUUUGAAAGCUGCAUCCCAAUUUGUUACCUUUUCUCCCUUUUGAUGAUCAGGUACAAUUUUGCUGUAUAAUUUUUUUUUUUUUUUUUUAACUGCUCUAAUGGUGAACCUUACAGGCCAAAAUACGGUCGUUAGUUUUUGGUUUGUGUAUAUCAGUAAAGCAACAUUAUAGAGGAAUUCACUGUUUUGAGAUUCAAAGAUUGUUUUAAUUAAGACAUAAUCAUUAGCAUUAAAUCACUGAAAUUAUUUUCUUUUUCUCUGCUAAUAUCUGUGUAAAAAUAUAACGACAACUGUCUCUAGCAAAAUUGGCCCUUGUAACUAAUAACUACAGAGGACAGACAAUCGUCAUUCUGGAAGUUUGUAAUGGAAGACAUUUUUAUCUGUUUAUUCUCCCAUUACAUUGCUUUGCUCAGAAGUUCAACCAGUGUACUUCCCCUUGUGGCUGAUUUGGUGAACUAAUUCCCAGUUUAGCCUUCUGAACCUGAAGCAGUCCUCAUUCAAGUGAUAGUUUAACCAUGUGUCAGGUUAUUCUUUUUUUUUUUUUUCUUUUUUUUUUCUUUUUUUUUUUCCCCUCAAUAAAAUGGUGUUUAUCAAGGUAAAGUGACAGUUGUGUGCUUAGUAGUGCAUUUUGUGCCAUUUUUGUUUUGAUGGAACUUGAUGAAAGCUUCUGAUAAUGGUAUACAAGAACAAUGUUUCAUUUGCAAAAACAAACAAGAUUAGUUUUAUGUAUGAAUAUGGUCCAUGUGGACAGCAGUGGAAUCUUCAGUUAUUUUCAAAGGUUUUAGUUUUGAGAUGGAAUUGUUUGUAACAGUAAGAAACAUUUUGAAACAUUCAAACAGGGUUGAACAUAUUGUGUAGUUUAAAAUGAGUUUUCUCAAUUUUUUGUAUGUUUUUGUUGUAUAACAAACAAACCUUCCCUGUCAUGAUCAUUUCUAAAGAUUUCUCUGUUCUUGCAGUUGUUUUUAAAAUGUGCACCAUUAGAUUUACUGUAAGUGCACAACUUUUUAAUGUCCUGUACCAUUUUGUAGUUUAUCUAGUUUUCAACACUAAUAGUUGAAAAUAUAGGAAAACUGAAAAUCUGG